GAAAAUACGUUGUAUACAGUAAACACAUGUACAUUUAAACUGGAUAAUAUGUUUAUGUUUACAGGAUUUAUUUUUAUUCGACUGUGUAGGAAGUAUAGGUUUAUAGAAACACUCUUGAAUAUCAUUUUAUUAACUUAAGAAUUCUGUAUCUCUUGGAAAACAUUGCAUUGAUGAAGUUUGACAUGUUAUAUGUAAAUGUGGCUUACGCGAUUAUAGUAAACAACCAAUUAGAUCUAUAAAAUAUACGCUUGGAUACGAAAUGAAUGUAUUGAUUGUAUUCAAUUAACAUGAUGAAUAAAGACAGCCCUCUAAAUAUACAAAAUAUAGACCAGUGAUGCACGAUAGAUUUUGUGCAGACUCCAGUACAGAUCAAUUCAAAAUUGGUCUAUUUCCGUUCGUCCCAUGUGUGUCCAAAACAACAAUAAAGAGAACAGAAUGUAUUGACGAUAGCACUUUCAUCAAUUUCAUCACAGGUGAAAAUAUUGCUGUCAUGAUUUUUAUUGGAUUUCAAAAACGCACUGAUAAGGAAAGCAACUUAAGUGGUAAUUUUCUAUCUGAAGUCAUCAUCUAGGAAUCAAACUGUAAAGAAAAAAACACAUAUGGUACCGUCUUACGAAUCAAUAAUAUUAUGUUCCAUCAGUUAUCAGUUUUCCUGAAUUCGACAUUCUGCGAUAAAUGUAUAAUCUUGUUGAUGUAAAAACAAAUAUAUCAUUCACGUGCAAUGAUGAAUAUCGUUCUCUUAAUCCAAAAAAGUAUUUUACUGAUUUAAUGUAAUGCUGAUACAGGUGUAGCUGCGAUGAUAAAAUUCAAAAAGACUAUUAACUUUUCCCUGUAACAAUGACAUCGAUUGUGUUAUUCGAGACACUGUAUAUUUCAUCAGUUUUCAUGAUAGCAAUAGCUGCAUUAAGAUGUGUUUCUUCCUCCGAUUAUAGGAUAUUUUCAUACAUUUUACUCUUCCUAUACAACAUCGGUCUUCUGUUGUUUGUGUUUUUUGAAACGUUAUGUUUCUACACGAAGAAAGCGAAGAAAGAAAAACGUUUUCGUGCCCAUGUAGAUUAUGAAAAAUGUUCAAGAUAUCUACCAUUCGAAGCAGUUCUAUGUGUUUUAAUUUUUUUGGUAGUAUUGUGUAUGAGGGAAAUUUCAUACGGGGAGCUAAAUACUCAAAAUAGCAUUUCAGCUAUAAGGUGCGUUGCAGUUCUUCUUUAUAUGAUUUUCUUUCACUAUUCAAAAUACCAAGAAUCACGUUAUACGUUUUACGUAUUUUUGCUGGAGUUCCUAUUAUUUGUCUUAUUAAAUCAAUAUUUAUACAAAAAUGAUGCUCACAGAUCAUGGACACAAGCAUUUAUAAUGCUAGUAAUUUUGAUAUUUUAUCCGUUUACAAAACAAAUAUUGAAAUCGGUGUACUCGAAAAGUUUAAAUGAAAUUAAUAUUAUCAAACAGUAUGCAAUAAAUUCUAAUCCAAGGAAAUUUCGUAAACAUUUUUUAUUUGCCAUUGAAAAUGAAUUCCAUUUUACAAAUCCAACGUUAGCUGAAAAAAUAAAAACAAUUUUGGACGAAAAUUAUGUGAUAGGACAUUCCUUUGUGCUAAUUGACAAUGUUGAACUUAUAAAGGAAAACCUGACAUCGCUACAAGAUGAUGCAGACAUAGAAGAAUGUUUUGAAUUAAUAUUACGCACCGUUAAAAAAAUGGAUGACGUUAUCAACGCUGAAAUAUCCAAACAUAAAAACAAAGUAUCUUCUGUUGUGAAUAGUCUAAAUAUUAAAGCGUUGGAAGACACUGGGUUUUAUAUAUUUUUUCUGACAAUGGUCAUUCAGUUGUUCUGUCUUGCAGUGAAACAUAAUGAGAAACGCUUGGAACAACAAGAAGAUUGGUCCCUUUUCUUUGAUUCCAAGACUGUUUUGUAUAUGUUAAAUGGAACACAAACGGAUAACUUCGACAGCUUUAUCUGUUUCUACAUGCAGCUUGUGAUAAACUAUUCGAGAAUAUUAGGAUUGUUAUAUACCGUGCUCAUCAACAUUGCUGUUUUCAUUUGGCAGACAACGUUUAAACUAAUUUAUGACCAAUUUAAACUUAUAUGGAAAAUAACCGUCUUCACAAUGACGCUAGUUAUCAACACUUUUGUUUUUAUUUUUGUUUUACACACCAUAUCUGUUUUGGGAACGCAAUUUAUCGAAAGUUCCGUUAAACAGCUCACAAAUAUUCAACAUAACAUUGAAACAACUAGACACCCGAUUUCAUCAUAUAAUCAAACAACAGAAACAACAAUUUCUGAAAGAUAUACAGGAGAGGACGUUUUACUACAUUGUUCAUUAAGUUAUAAUUUCAGAGAAGAAUGGCUGAAGUACAAACUUCUUUGGACACAUAAUGACAUUGUUAUUGAUGAAAAGAGUUCGGACAGGGUAACAAUAUGGACAACAUAUCAUGACUAUUUCGCAGAAUCCGAACUUAAACUUGUUUUAAUUAAAAAUGAUGAUUUCGGCACGUUUAGAUGUAUAUUGCACGAAGUACAAUAUAUUCCAGUAGUUUACACCCUGCUUUGGAAUGGACAAAUAGCGUCUUAUGUAUUCGAAGUUAUCCUACGUGAUAUCUACCGAACGAGGAAGUAUGAACUUCGACAUACUGAAAUACUCAAUAACACAUACGAAAUUGCAGAAGGAACGCUUAUUGUUUUUGAUAUAUUUGCUUAUUAUUCUUAUGCAGACUUUGAAGACUUGUCUUUCCUAUACACAGUUAAUGACAUUGAAAUCCACGAUUUGUGUACUAGUGACUGGUUGUCUUGUAAACCAUUUGCUUUCAUUGUAAAAAAUUUCAUGGAAUCACAAUUCACACGUUGGAGACUUAGUCUUUAUCGUGAUAAAGUCUACGAAAUAUCAUUAAAAUUUUGUGCAUGUAGCAAAAUAUUCGGGGUACACAAACUAUUUCUGUACAGAGAAUAUUACAACAAAACAUCCGGUAAAACAGAAUCAAAAGAAAUAGAAUAUCCGAUUGGAUUCCUGUUCCUUCCAAAAGGAAAUGAUACUGGUAUUAGGAAAGAACUAUUCAUCAAUAACACUCGCGAGUUUAUCAGUCAAUAUUUAGAAAUCAGCGACCAAAUUGUUAUCCCGAUGUUGUUUGGAAGAACACUACGCAUAAGUGUUUACUCCUCUUUUAAUUUUAUUACUUUCUUACUGUUUGUGUUGGUAGUAAUCUAUGUGUUGAAGAUGGUAAACCAUGUAAUACAUUUAUAUUGUUGUUUGACAAUCAUUCCAGUAAGAAAUAUACUCCUUUUUGGUUCAAUAAGACAGCCUGUUCCUCAAAUUGAAAACAGACAUUUUGCUGGAAUUUUACCUUGCCGAGAGACAGUUUACGAUGCAUAUAUAUCAAAUAGUGAGAACGACAAUGCUUUUAUAGAAUAUGUUAUUUUACCAUACAUAGAACAAGAAUGUAGGAAUACUGUUUGUUUCCCACCAAGAGAUCUUGCACACGAAGCAGGAGCCUCUUUACAUUUAUAUAUGAAAGCAACCGAACAAAGCAGACAAUUUAUAGUUGUUUUAUCACAUAGUUAUUUAGAAGAUAAUAACUGUAAUCGUCUUCAACUCUUGACGUGUAUUCUGCCAUUACUUGCAGAACGAAAUGGAGAAGAAAAUAUUUUGCUGGUGAUCAAACUUGAACAAGUAGAUCUACCUGUACAGAUCAAUAGGAACCCCCGAAUAUCUGUACUUGACUGGACAUCUUGCAAUGAUGAACGAUAUAAACUUAGAAAAAUUAAAAGAUUUCUAUCUGUAUUAGAAAACUCUUAUUAUUAGUGAUGUUGGUUUUUUUAUGUUUUUUUUUUUAAACUGUAUUGCUCAAAGCAGUUUUAAUACAUAAACAAGGCAUAAAUGUUAUUUAUAUGAUUUUUGUCAUGUUUGAGAUGUAAUAGAAAAUGUAGGAUGCACAAUGUUUCUAUUGUAUAUACUAGUAGUUUGCAUUUAUAUCAACAUUGAUCCUAUAUUUUUAUUGCAUAGAUAUUUUGUAAAUUUUGCUUCAUGAGUUUUUUACAUGCUAAAAAGUUUAUAG